UCUAUAGACUAAUCGCCUAGCUGAGAUUGAGAAUAAGACCUGUUCAAUUUAUAUUUAGACUAAUAAAGUUAUUUUUCUUGUAGAAUAUUAGACUUAGCUAGAUCUAGAUCUAGUAAUUGUAGCCUAGUCUAGAUCUAAAUCUACACUACAUAAGUAUCUAAAUAUAACUACCUCACUACCAUUCAGAAACAUUCUAUUCUUUUUUUUUUUUACAAUAAACAUAACAAUGCCGGUCCUCUCUAUUGCAACAAAUUUGAAACGCGAUCAAAUCCCAGAAGAUUUUAUUCGGGAAGCAUCAAAAUUUGUGGCAUCAGAACUUAAAAAACCAGAAUCUUAUGUCUUGGUUCAAGUCUCACCUGAUCAAAUUAUGAGCUUUGGUGGCACCACAGAACCAUGUGCUAAUAUAACCUUGGGCAGCAUUGGAGUGGUCAGUGAGGACAAGAAUCGCAAAAUGGCACCGAAACUGUGUGAAUUCAUUCAGAAAAAACUUGGAAUCAAACAAAAUAGAUUCUACAUAAAUGUGAACAACAUUGAUCCAGCGUGGUGCAUGUUUGAUGGAAACACUUUUGCUUGAACUAACUUUACUGAAUUUUUUUUUUUUUAUUUACAAAGCAGAUUUCAUGUGAACUGUUGCAAACUUUUAUCUAUACAUGUUACAUAAUAGCAGUCAAGUAGUCAGAUCUAAAUUUGCCAUGUGUUCAUAGUUUUACUAAACAAAUCAUGAUCCUUAAAAAUUAUGUUUGUAAAACUAACUUUGCUGAGUCUUCCUAGGUAAGAACUCAGUCUUGAGUAUUAUUAAUCUUAUUUGAUCUUUUCCAUUAUGUAGUAUGUAAAUGUGUUUUGUUAGUAAUCAUGUUUAAAAAAAUGAAAUUAAAAGAAAUCUACUUGGAAGAA